GUAUUUCCGCAUACUACUCCUAAAUACUCAUUCGCUGCUCUUCCUUCCACACUAAGUAUUUUGAAAUACAAUAUACUGUGUGCAUUGUGAGAACAAAUCCACCCACACAGCAAAAAGCACCUUCUCUACUGAGUCUGAGAGAGACAAAGAUCAAAGAUGAAGAGAGCAGAGGAAGAAGCAGGACCAUCAUCUGCUUCUGGAAUUGGUGCAAGUAAACAACAUACCCACCAUGAUAUUAACCACCAAGAAGAGCCUGAAGAAGAGGAAGAAGAAGAAGAACAAAACAUUAACCAUCUUCAUAAAAAUACCACCUUUGUUCCUGGUCCUCUUCUUUCUCUCAAGGACCAGAUCGAACGGGACAAGGAAGAUGCUAGCCUAAGGAGGUGGAAAGAGAAGCUAUUGGGUUGCCUGGAAAGUGAUUUAGAUGGUCAAAUAAAUCCUGAAGUGAAAUUCCACUUCAUCGGAAUAGUCUCUGAGGAUUUUGGUGAAGUCAUUACUCCUUUACCUGUGGAUCAAAACCAGAAUGGUCAUAUUCUAUUCACUCUCAGGGAGGGAUCUCAUUAUCAGCUUAAGCUCAAAUUUAGUGUUCUGCACAACAUUGUGUCUGGCCUCACAUACUGCAACACUGUCUGGAAAGGAGGACUUCAAGUUGACCAGAGUAAAGGAAUGCUGGGUACCUUUGCACCUCAAAAGGAACCAUAUAUACAUGCCUUGCAAGAGGAGAUCACUCCAUCUGGUGCGCUUGCAAGGGGUGUCUACUCAGCCGAACUUAAGUUUGAAGACGAUGACAGAAGGUGUCACAUGGAGCUCCAAUAUUCAUUACAGAUAAAAAAGAGGUAGUCAAGAUUUAUGGCACGUUUAUGUCAUCAUGGUUCCUCUAAAUUCUUAGUUAUAUAAUAUUGAAACUUUUGUUAACUAUGCUAUUUAGUACUCAGAAGUUCUCUUUUAUU